AUGAUUCUUGGCUUCCUGAUUAUCCUCGCACUUGACUAUAAAUUUGAAAUCGAACUUGGAUGGAAUCAGCAUGAGGUUGAGGCUCUCCCCUCAUCCACUGUAGCACUGCUGGGCAAUCCACCUUCUGUAAUUCUUGCUCCAUCAUCAGACUUCUGCCGAGGUUAUCGCUACCUUGUCGUCGUGUUUUCUAAAGCCAAUGAUAUAGAAAGUCGGAAACGAGUUCGACGGACAUAUGGGUCUCUUCGUUUGCACUACAACUUCACCAUCAUCUUCCCAUUAGGAACUUCAAGCAGACGAACCAACCAAGCUAUUUUGCUGGAGCAGAAUGAAUUUGGCGACAUUUUGCAAACGGCUUUUACCGACACUUAUCAUAAUCUUCCUGUAAAGAUGAGUUAUCUGCUAAAUUAG